AUGAUGGAAGAGCGAACCUUUUCACGAGCGAUGCAGCUCCUGAAAUCUAGGCAAUCACUCCGAUCUUCGAAACCUCCUUCCUCAACGCUCCCCGUCAAACGAUUUCCCAGUGGCUCCCCUAUUUUCCAAGGCACUCCCCACAUACAGGGUAUGAAAAAAUGGCUGGGAUCGCUAGGUCACACAGACGAGAGACUUAGGCGCCUCAAGGUUAUCCACGUGGCGGGAACUAAGGGCAAGGGAAGCACUUGCGCAUACAUCGACAGCUUACUAGGAAGUUACGGGCGAAGAACCGGUUUCCCGCUAAAGCGUGGGCUUUACACGUCGCCCUCCUUGAUGAACUACAACGAUAUGAUUCGUAUCAAUUUCCAGCCUUUAUCAGAGGCCUAUUUCACGAAAGCCUUCUUCGAAGUGUGGGACGGUCUUCGGCUUGAUGAGGAAGAUAAGGAACCUCCCCGAAAGCUCCAGUUACUCGCUAUCAUGUCAUUUCACGUGUUUCUUCAGGAAGGUGUGGACGUAGCGAUAUACGAGACCCAUCAUGGGGGCGAGUUCGACGUUACGAACAUUAUUGACGACCCUGUUGUCACUGCCAUCACGACAAUUGGUCUCGAUCACAAGGAAGAGCUGGGUGGAACGUACGAAAGCAUCGCAUGGCAUAAAGGUGGCAUCUUCAAAAAAGGUGCUUGCGCAUUGUCUGUAGACCAGCAUCCACGUGCGGCGGGAAUCUUAGAUGCUCGGGCUAGGGAGUUGGGGGUUACUCUGGGCUACGUUGAAGCUUUGCAGGAGCUUCCGGGCAAAUUCCAGGAUGAUGCUCAACGCAUCAAUGCCUCUCUAGCGCUCCGCGCCAGCGACGUAUUCCUCAAUCAUCACACUCCGGGAAGCCAUUUAAGUCCUGAAGACGUUGAGGAUGGUCUUCGAAACUUUCGAUGGCCCGGUCGCUUCCACAUCGUUGAAGAAGAUUCUACGACGUGGUAUAUGGAUGGCGCUCACAAUCCAAUGAGCGUUGAAAUUGCCGCGAAGUGGUUUCUCCGUUUAAAUAAACCCCAAAGUGCAAAAAACGUACUUGUCUUUGGCCUAGAUUCCGACCGGCACGAUCCGUAUAACACCCUAGAGACCCUCGCCACCCUACUAAGGGAGCAUGUUGAAGGCAUCGUAUUAACCUCCGACACGGGCCAUUCAGACAACAAGCGGUUGGCGACCUACUCCGAAAUAUGGAAGUCCCAUUCACGGGAUGUGAAGAUCAAGAUUGCUGAUCGGGAGCAAGCCAUGGGUUGUGCGCGCGAAAUGGGAACCCAGGUUUUCGUGACCGGGAGUCUUUUUCUUGUGGCGUUUGUGUUGCAGAAGCUGAACCAGUCAUGUACGUAA